AUGACGACGACGACUGUUGUUGUUGGUGGUGGAUUGGAGCAGCAUCGUCGGGUGCCUGGCUUGGAUGAGGUCUUCUACAUCCCAAACUUCAUCUCCGACGAGGAUGCCCAACGCGUGCUGGACAACAUCUAUGCCGCUCCAAAGCCAAAGUGGGUGCACCUGAAGAACCGGCGACUUCAGAACUGGGGUGCACCUGAAGAACCGGCGACUUCAGAACUGGGGCGGUCUUCCGUCGCCAAAAGGUCAGACAAAUGCAUGCUGGAGCAACCGCUGCCCUCUUGGCUGUCCCCAUGGACGAAAACAGUGAGUGAUCUGGGUAUCUUUGGGGAGGAUCGUCUCCAAGCCAACCAUGUGCUCAUCAACGAGUACGAACCAGGACAAGGGAUCAUGCCGCAUGAAGACGGCCCCCUCUAUGUACCGACCAUCGCCACCAUCAGUCUCGGUUCCCACACCGUCCUAAACUUCUACGACAAACAGCAGCGAAGCGACACGAAGACCGCCAACUACGACGGCAACAAUGCAAGCGAGCCCGGUAAUGAUGACAGCUUGCCGCAGCGCACCGCAUCGGACCCUGCUCUUGCUGCGGGAGAGGGCGACCACGACGCACACGAUACCCCAAACCACACAACAACGCCUAUUGCGCGGCUGCUGCUUGAGCGGAACAGUCUGGUGAUCACGCGGGGGCACUUGUACACGGUGCUGCACGGCAUUGAUGAGGUGGACCACGAUGUCAUCCCGAUGCCACACGCACGUGACGCUGCUGACGCGCCCCUGGCCAUGGACUGCGGGGCCACACACGCUGGCUGUGGCUUUGCAAACCUGCAGCUGGCAGAUGAGCAAGGAGGCUGCGGCGACAUGUGGGUGUACCAGGUGACCGACCCAAACAUAUUAAACCUCACCACCAGCAGUGCAACCACCACUAAUGACGGCGAUGACGACAUCGUACUGGCGUAUGCACUCCACUGCUCGCCGUUCCACCUGCCCAGCAACCUGCCCACCGCCAUCGACAUGGAGAGCGACGCGGUGCGCGCUGCGUUGACAGAGGAGCCCUUUCCACUCUGCCGUGACGAGCGCACAGAUGAGCACCGUGCGCGGGAGUUUGUGUACAGCCUGUGCGGGCCCGUUGACAUGGUGAAGGAGUGCAAGCAACGCAUCGACCGCUUUCUGCAGGAGCGCGUGCGUACGCUGACACUGGCGCUGUCAGGGAGCACCAGCGUCGACGUGGAUGCCAUCCAGGACCUGUGCGAUAGCCAGGGCGUGUACAUGCGUGUGCUCCUGUCAGACCCUUCGUACACGCUGCUGCUGCACGGUGAUGCUGACGCUGUUGAGAGCGUGCGAUGCGACAUUGUGAGCACGUGCAACGCAUCAUCGCCCCCAACCACCUCCGUCGUCGGCUCUCCUCGCAUGCAGCGCGCACACCCUCCCUCGUCUGCGCCGACACGACACGGCGGGUACACGCAUCACCAGGCGGGCCUCCAUGCAUAUCCGCACACGGCUUCUUCUGCGGACACGGACGGUGCGAUGAUGGCAGCGAUGGCGGUGGAACAGCUGCACGCUGUCACGGUUGACAGCGCCACGCCUGACACGUUCGAUGCGUUUCUAGCGCUUGCUCAGACCGUGCCCGGGUAUUACGACUGCUCGCAGGACAUCGAGGGCGAGGAUGACGCGACCACCUUUGUGUUCAGGUUUCAGUCGCGGGAAGGCGCGUGGCAGAUGCACACACUCUGCAAUUCCCUGAAGCGCUGCGAAUUGGGUGUUGCAACAUCAUGA